AUGGAGGACGCUGGAGACUCUCUGAACGGCAGUGAUGAUGUCUCGGAACCAGAAAAACCUGAAGCCAGACUUGAAGUGGCUCAGUCGAUCCUGAGCAAGUUCUCUAUGAAAACUUUGUUUGGGUUUACAAGUAAGUUGGACUCUGUGAAGCCUGAUGAGAAAGAUGCCGUACUGAAGGCAUUCCACAGUUUAGCUUUGGAUCCAGCACCUCAGCGGGAUGAUCCCAGCCAGGGCUCAGAUUGGCAGGCGGCAGAGGCGCGGGUUCUACCUGACCUUGGAAAUGAUGGCAAGACUGCGGGGGUGGAGCCGGAGUCAGAGAGAAAUCAGGGAAUAGCAGGGGCAGGGAUUUCUCUCCCUGGGCAAGAGCUGCUCCCACUCAGUACUCAGAGUGUGGACAGAGACGAUGUCAUUUUGGUCCGUGGGACCCUUGUGAACACCACCAGUGAUUCCGACUCUGAUGAUGGUGGCCAGCAGCCAGAAGAGGGAAGCAACACCAGCCGCCCACAGUCCCCCAGUGUUUUAUCUGAGCCAUCUCAGGAUCCCAAAGAAAAGCCACGUGAUUGUAGGGAAAAUAGCACCACUGGGGAAAGGGACGAUGCAGAGCUCUGUGCAGAAGAUCCUCAGAGGACUCCAUCUGAGAUAAGUAGCAAACCGCAACCUGGUGAUGGUAGCCUUCAGACAGAGCACGGCCCCACCCAAGGACAAGCUGCAGAAGAAAGUUCCCCAGUCCUCCCCUCGGUAACAGACCAGAACUUGAGUGUCAGUGUCACCAAGAAUGCCUCAUCUAAAAAAGAAGCCCCUGGAGAGAAGUCAUUGCAGCUUCCAGCCUUUUUUAGCGGGCUUCGUGUGCUCAAGAAGGGGGCUACAGGUGAGGGAGGGGAGACCAUCACUGAAAUUAAACCAAAGGAUGGCGACCUGGCUUUGCUCAAAUUGACACAGCCUGUUCAGAAGUCCUUAGCCCAGGCAGAGCCUCAGACAGUGAAGACUGGGGAGAAGACAACGGACGCGAAGGCCACUCCCACUCUCCUGGAGCAGCUCUCUCAGCUGUUCAUCCUUGACAUGCCCAAAGCGGAAGUGAAGGCAGAAGACCCCGAGCAGCCCAGGAAGGAGGAGAUGGGCUGCAGUGCUGCCCAGGAGAGCCAGAGCGGCCCCAGUGGAGCCCAGACCCGGGGUGGAGAGGUCAAGCCAAAGCCUCCAGAGACAGCCCUCGAGGCCUUUAAAGCCAUAUUCGUUCGCCCCCCCAAAAAGGGGACCACAGCUGACACCUCUGAGCUGGAAGCUCUCAAGCGUAAGAUGAAGCAUGAGAAGGAGUCCCUAAGAGCUGUGUUUGAAAGAUCCAGGUCAAGGCCAGGGGACGGCCCCUCUGAUUCCAAAAGCCCGGACCACAGCCCCACCGAGCAGGACGAUAGGACUCCAGGCAGACUCCAAGCUGUCUGGCCACCCCCGAAGACAAAAGACACAGAAGAAAAAGUGGGAUUGAAGUACACCGAAGCAGAAUACCAAGCUGCUAUUUUACACUUGAAGAGGGAACACAAAGAAGAAAUUGAAAACCUACAGGCUCAGUUUGAACUCCAGGCAUUUCGUAUCCGGGGGGAGCACGCGGUGGUCACGGCAAGACUCGAAGACACCAUUGAAACUCUCAAACAGGAGACAGAACACCGAUGGCGAGGAGGACGUGGAGAGAUGAGAGAUGCAUGUAUCUCCACUGACGAUGCCUGUCCUCCAAAGACCUACAGAAAUGUGUGCAUCCAGACAGACAGAGAGACUUUUCUCAAACCCUGUGAAGGUGAAGGCAAGACAACCAGAAGCAACCAGAUAAUACCCAAAAAGCUGAAUAUCUCCUCUUUAAGUCAGCUCUCUCCCCCGAAUGACAACAAAGACACCCAUGUACCACUUCAGGCUGUGGAAGGCCCCUCACCAAGUCAGCAAAAGGCAUCGCCUCCCCCUCCUGCACCACCCCUACCAGCAGCCAUCCCUCCCCCUCCUCCUCCUCCCCUCCCACCUGGACUUGGACCUUUGCCACCAGUACCUCCGCCACCACCUGUGAGUGCUGGACCGCCACCCCCUCCGCCCCCUCCUCUGCCUCCAAGUGCCGGGCCUCCUCCGCCUCCUCCUCCUCCACCACCACUUCCCAAUUCCCCUGCUCUGCCCACCAGUGGGGGGCCUCCUCCUGCUCCAACACCUCCAGGACUUGCACCCCCACCUCCUCCUGGACUCUUCUUUGGAGUUGGCCCUUCUUCUAGCCAAUGUCCUCGGAAGCCAGCCAUUGAGCCGAGUUGCCCCAUGAAGCCUUUAUACUGGACUAGAAUACAAAUAAGUGAUAAAAGCCAAAAUGCUACACCAACCUUAUGGGAUUCCUUAGAAGAACCUGAUAUUCAGGAUACUAGUGAAUUUGAGUAUUUAUUCUCCAAAGACACAACUCAGCAGAAGAAAAAACCUCUGUCAGAGACCUAUGAGAAAAAGAACAAGGUCAAAAAGAUCAUCAAGUUAUUGGAUGGAAAACGAUCUCAAACUGUGGGAAUCUUGAUAUCUAGUUUGCAUUUAGAAAUGAAGGAUAUCCAGCAGGCUAUUUUCAAUGUGGAUGACUCUGUGGUUGAUCUGGAGACUCUGGCAGCCUUAUAUGAAAAUAGAGCACAAGAGGAUGAACUGGUUAAAAUAAGGAAGUAUUACGAGACAUCCAAAGAAGAAGAAUUGAAGUUGCUGGAUAAACCUGAGCAAUUUUUACAUGAGUUAGCCCAGAUCCCGAAUUUUGCUGAACGAGCCCAGUGCAUAAUCUUCAGAUCUGUCUUUUCGGAGAGUAUCUCCUCCUUGCACCGAAAGGUAGAGAUCGUCACAAGAGCUUCUAAGGGCUUGCUGCACAUGAAGAGUGUGAAGGAUAUUUUAGCUCUCAUUCUGGCUUUUGGAAAUUAUAUGAAUGGAGGAAAUAGGACUCGGGGACAAGCAGAUGGAUAUAGCUUAGAAAUUCUGCCCAAACUCAAGGACGUCAAAAGUCGGGAUAAUGGGAUUAAUCUGGUGGACUAUGUCGUGAAAUAUUACCUGCGUUACUAUGAUCAGGAAGCAGGAACAGAAAAGAGUAUUUUCCCUCUGCCUGAACCACAAGAUUUCUUUCUGGCUUCCCAAGUCAAGUUUGAAGACCUCAUAAAAGAUUUGAGAAAACUGAAGAGACAACUAGAAGCAAGUGAGAAACAGAUGAUCGUGGUAUGCAAGGAGUCACCAAAGGAGUAUCUCCAGCCUUUCAAGGACAAACUAGAAGAGUUCUUCCAGAAAGCCAAAAAUGAGCAUAAAAUGGAAGAAAGUUACUUGGAGAAUGCACAGAAAAGUUUUGAAACAACAGUAGGAUAUUUUGGGAUGAAGCCAAAGUCCGGUGAAAAGGAAAUCACACCCAACUAUGUGUUUAUGGUAUGGUACGAAUUCUGCAGUGACUUCAAGACCAUUUGGAAGCGGGAGAGUAAAACUAUAUCUAAAGAAAGAUUAAAAAUGGCUCAGGAAUCAGUCAGCAAGCUGACAUCAGAGAAGAAAGUGGAGACAAAGAAAAUCAAUCCCACGGCUAGUCUGAAAGAAAGACUGCGUCAGAAGGAAGCCAGCGUGACCACUAACUAA